AAAAAAACAAGCAAAAACUCCUUAACACCAAGAACAGUAGAAGAAAAAACAGUAAAGGGGAUUAAGAUUUCUGGGAUUAAGAGUUAAGCGCCCGACCAUGGUGGGAGCCUGGGUGCCGGUUUCGGGCGAAAAAGAUGGAGCGAGCAGCAUUCUCUCACAGAAGAGAAAACGUUCUUCCAAAUCUUCACCUGAUAAGAGACUCUCGCCGGCGCUGCUUGAUCUGAAUGUUCUGGAUUGCCCCAUUUGCUUCGAAGCAUUCACGAUUCCUAUCUUCCAGUGUGAGAAUGGACAUUUAGCUUGCUCUUCUUGCUGUCCCAAAAUGAGUAACAAAUGUCCAACAUGUGCUUUGCCUACUGGUCACAUUCGCUGCAGAGCAAUGGAGAGUGUUGUUGAAUCAGUUUGUGUCCCAUGCCCAAACGCCAAAUCUGGAUGCACCGAGAAUCUCUCUUAUGGGAAGCAGUUGACCCACGAGAAGGAGUGCGACUUCUCUCCUUGCUCCUGCCCUGAACAGGACUGCGAUUACACUGGACCAUACAAAGAUCUCUACCGUCACUAUGAUUCCACCGCACACCAUGAGAGAUUCAAUUGGUUCCUUUGCGGCCAACCCUUCACUGCCCAGAUGGACAUCAGUGAUAAGAUAUUAAUCAAAAGAGGGUGUAAUUUGAUUAUAUUGAUUGCAGUGCAGUGUUUCAGGGAGCCGUGUGGUGUUUACGUUACUGUAAGCUGCAUUGCACCACCUUCUCCAAAAGCUAGAGAGUUUUCAUAUGAUAUCACCUACACUACUGAGGAUGGAUACACUAUGAUUUACAAAUCUCCAGCAGUAAAAAGAAUUCUUAAAGUUAGCUUUGAAACUCCUCGAGACAAUUUCAUGUUGAUCCCUCACAAUUUGCUUCGUGGUGAUUUGUUGAAGUUGGAGAUUUGCAUCAAUGAGUUGAACCAAGAGUAAUAAGGUCGUUGGUGAUUUAUAAGAUCGGCACUUUUGAUGUUCCUAUGGCAGAAUCUAUCUUUCUAUCUUCAAUGUUAUCUUUUGUCAUUGUAUAAUUAACAUUUUAAGUUUUAACCUUAGGAACUAAGAUAUGACUUAUUUCUUGAUGAUUCUCAUCUUUUUAUGA